AUGGAUAGGAAGUUGAACCUUAACAGAGCUGAAACUUUCUCCUUUAUCAAUCCGUGGAUACGAUAUUUCCUCUUCUUCUUCAGCUUCUUGUUUUGGGUGUUUUCCCUUCUUAUUGUUGCCAUCGGAGUUUAUGCUAAAGUUCAGAAGGCAACAGACACGGUCCGAGACACAUUUCUCAUCGACCCAGCAGUUAUUCUGAUAGUGGUGGGUGUUGUCAUGUUCUUCAUCACCUUCUGCGGCUGCAUCGGGGCACUGCGAGAAAACAUUCGCCUGCUUAAAACCUUCUCCUUCAGCCUCACCCUUGUCUUCCUCACUCAGCUGGCCAUUGCAAUCCUGGGGUUUUUCUAUUCUGACCAGACACGCGAUGCUCUCGGUAAAUUCGUGAAGAAGGCCAUCGUUCACUAUAGAGAUGACCUGGAUUUACAGAACCUCAUGGACUACAUCCAGAAGGAGUUCAAGUGCUGCGGCUGGAACAAUUACACCGACUGGUCCUGGAAUGUGUACUUCAACUGCACGCAUGGAAACCCUAGCACUGAGAGGUGCGCCGUACCUUUCUCGUGCUGUACACCUGUACCAGGAGAGGCUGUGAUCAACACUAUGUGUGGCUUUGGAGUCCAAACCCAGAAGUACCUGGAGGCCACCAAGUCGAUCUACCCUGUGGGCUGCGCAGACAGAGCGGUGAUGUGGAUUGAGUCUCAUUUGCUUUUAGUGGGGGCCCUAGCGCUGGGUCUCGCCUUGCCACAGAUUGCAGGAAUUGUGCUUUCCCAGAUUCUCAUCUCCCAGAUUCAGAAUGAAAUCAGCUCCGUGCUAUAG